GAUAUGAUUUCUUUUCUUUUCUUUUUCCUUAGAAGUUGUUUUUAAUUUACGAAAAUUUAUUCAUGUUGAUUUGUUUUGUGAUUAAUUUUCUUUUUCCUGUUCGCACUUCGUACACCACUGUUUACGAAAGCGCAGUGUCAGUUUUUACGACCAAAGGGAAAUAACCCCAUCACUACUUUGUUGUUCAACCAGGAAGUUAUUUGCAACUGGGGAAGUUUGUACAAACUUUGUAUUUUUAUGAAAGUAAAUCAAACUUUAAAAAAGAAAAGAAAAUGACACUUCCAGCUUAUGGAGUUUUGGUAAAAUGGACUCUACAUGAUGUUUUAACGUGGUUAGAAAGGGAAGGGCUGUCUGAGUUUAAAGACCCGUUUCGUAAGGAUGGUAUUGAUGGUUCAAAGUUUUGUAAAUUUCAAGAAGUAGAUGUGGACCGGUAUUAUUGCAAUAACAAGAAGAAAAAGCAAUUAUUGAAAAAUCACAUUGCUAGUAUUGAUCGGUCAAAAGCACCUGCCAAACUAAAUUAUACAGAUAUGUGGAACAAGCAGCAGACACAGCAGAACACAAGAGCCUCGGAGCCUGCCGCUCCUCCCCUGCCGCCAUCUCGAAGAGCUGAAGCACGAUUGCCGGCUCCGCUGCCAAAAGAUGAGCCUGGUGAUAACGAAGACGUGUAUGACUGGGGCGAUGAUUUCGAUGAUUCCGGUGGAUCAGAUUUCGAGUCGGACGAGACUGGGUCUGAUUAUGAAAAUACUCAAGAAAAAGUAAAUGGCUCAAAUCAUGCACAUCACGAUGGCAGUUGGCCAGAUGACCAGGAUAACUAUGAAGCUCCUAAUGCAGGGCUGGAAACGCAGGCUCCACCACCAUCCAGCCUAGUAGCCAAUUUGAUGAAUGCAUUGCAGAAACACAGGGAAAGCAAGAGGCUGCCAGGCGGACAAGCACGUCAGCAGCAUCACCAGGACGACGAUGAUGACGAGAAUGAGAAUCCAGAUGAAGAAGAUUACGUUGAACCACUGCAACAAGCACCACAGCCACCACCUCCACGUCCUAGACGGAGAUCGUCGGAGCCUGCAGUUAGUGGCAAAGAUGUCCCGUCGCAUCCCGCGCCACAGCCACCGCUACCACACAGGAAGGCUGAUCGACUACCACCACCGCCGGUAGAGGAAGAUAAAUUGAGUCAACGCCAGCUUCCCCCAGUUCCAGGACCUCGAUCUGCCAAGAAAGGUUCAAGCACCUUGAAGCAGAACACCAGUGAAAAUCAACCACAGCUUCCUCCAAGAAAGACCUCACAACCGUCAGUCUCUGGUGCUAGUACUCCAAAGAAGAAAAGUUCAGUUGAUGAAAUGAAGGAUGGUUAUGAAGAAAUGAAGCCAGUUAGAGUGAGAAAAGAAAGCCAUCCUAAGGUUGUUGAAGAGCAAGCCAUUUAUGAUGAAACUGAUGAAUUGUUUGAUUAUCCAUGGUAUCACUCUACUGUUGAUCGGAGCAAGGCAGAAAAGUUAUUAAAAGCCGCAAAUAAGGACGGAAUGUUUCUGAUUCGCAAGAGUACGAGGACAGGGACUGAUCAGAAGUUUACGCUGAUGAUCUACAAUCAGCAGAAGGUCUACAAUCUGCCGGUCCGCUGUGUGGGAAAUGAUAAAUACGUGCUGGGCAAACACAGACAAAACGAACUGACAUUUGACACCGUUCCGGAACUUAUAUUGUACUUCUCCAAGCAAAUCAUUCAACUCAACCCUAAUGACAGAAGCACGACAGGGAGAACCAAGUUGAUUGAACCGUUGAGAAAAGCCUAGCUUCUUUGAUGAAUACAAUGAAGGACAGAUGGACAGACAGGACGUUCUAAGUGCCGUUUCAUUCGGCUGUCUUAACUGCAGGAAAAUGUUCAGUUAAUAUUUAAUUUGUUUAUUGAUAGUGUUAAACCUGUGUAUGCAGAAGCAGGUUCAAGUACCCACUCGUAAACUCCAAACCCCUCGAAAAUCCAGUGCUAAAACUGAUGUAAAUAUAUAUAAAUAUGUUUAUAAAAUGAUAGUGAUAAGAAUUUGUUUCUUUAAACUAUAGGCUAAAUGUUCAGCUGUUUGCAGCUCCCACCGACCGACAAAUUAAAAUUACUCUAAAAGUAAAUAUAUAUAAAUAUGUUUAUAAAAUGAUAGUGAUAAGAAUUUGUUUUUUUAAACUAUAGGCUAAAUGUUCAGCUGUUUGCAGCUCCCACCAACCGACAAAUUAAAAUUACUCUAAAAGAAAAGGAACACCAAAAACAAAAAAGGAAAAAAGAAAAGAAAAAGAAACGAUUAUAUCUAUAAAAAAAACAAGUGAAUACAUCUGAUGGAUAAAAGGAAGUAGUAUUUGUUUAGAGGUUAGUCUAGUUUCUACAACAACCUUAUGAUGAUUGUAAUAUACACAUGUAUUUAAGUUUGGUAGUGUACAUGCUUUUUAUAUUUUGUUAAUAGAGUAAAAGAAAAUAUUUAUAAAGCCUAAGUUCAAAAUUUCACCAUUAGUAUUAUUUGUGUAAUGAUUAUUGUUGGUUGCCAUAUCCCAGGUGUUUACAUGCUUUGAUGUGCUCUGAUACAUUGUUGUCUAUUAGCACAGGUGUUUACAUGCUUUGAUAUGCUCAGAUACAUUGUUGUCUAUUAGCACAGGUGUUUACAUGCUUUGAUGUGCUCUGAUACAUUGUUGUCUAUUAGCACAGGUGUCUACGUGCUUUGAUAUGCUCUGAUACAUUGUUGUCUAUUAGUACAGGUAUUUUAAUGCUUUGAUAUGCUCAGAUACAUUGUUGUCUAUUAACACAGGUGUUUACAUACUUUAAUGUGCUCUAAUACAUUGUUGUCUAUUAGCACAGGUGUCUACGUGCUUUGAUAUGCUCUGAUACAUUGUUGUCUAUUAGUACAGGUGUUUUAAUGCUUUGAUAUGCUCAGAUACAUUGUUGUCUAUAAGCACAGGUGUCUACAUGCUUUGAUGUGUCUGAUACAUUGUUGUCUAUUAGCACAGGUGUUUUCAUGCUUUGAUAUACUCAGAUACAUCGUUGUCUAUUAGCACAGGUGUUUUCAUGCUUUGAUAUACUCAGAUACAUCAUUGUCUAUUAGCACAGGUGUUUUCAUGCUUUGAUGUGCUCUGAUACAUCAUUGUCUAUUAGUACAGGUGUUUACAUGCUUUGAUGUUCCCUGAUAGGAACUGUUGAGUUUUUUAAUGCAUUUUGUUUGUUUUUGUUUUGUUUGUAGAAAGGUAGACACCACCCACUUUGGUUAUGAAAUGGUAUAAACCAGGUAUUCUCUUCCAUUUCUGUUUAGUUGUAUUUCUUGGUAUAUGUCUGCAGUCAGUGACAGAAAGCAGUUCAUCCAGCUCUGGUUGUAUGGAUAUGCAUGGCUCGAAAUUAAGAAUUUGUCACCAAAAUGCUCACCUAGAGUAGGUUUGAGCCUGUCUAUGGCAAUUUUAAAUCCCUAACUUUUGGAACAAAUAAACACAAAAUUCAAAACAAAUAAUUACCCCUUCCAGUCACAGCAAUAUGAUUUAUCCAGCAGCAGACAUCUGCCAGUGGUAAAGCUCUGACAUAUGGUAAUUCAUAUCGCAGCUACAACAAUUGCCAUCGGUACUGCAGCUACAACAAUUGCCAUCGGUACUGCCAGUAAGUUCGUGCCCUGGCUAUGGUAUGAGAGUCACAUGAUGUGAUGUUAUACUAAUGCAAUGAGACACUUCCACUUGUAUUACCACUGUAUGCAGGGUACGUAAACAAAAGGGCAUCAAAACAUUUCAAGUUAACCGUUAUCUGGUGGAAUCUACUUUUUGUUAAAGAAUUUUGAUGUGCAUUAAUGAUACCAACUUUGGGUCAUGGGUUGAAAGAAAAGCCAAUACAAAGGGUUGACUUUACAUACCUGUAGGCUGUUCAGGUACGAAUCCAGAAUUUUUAAUAGAGUGGGGCCUAAAACCUGUUGUUAGUUUUCAAAAUAGAAUUUAAAGGUUGUGGACAGGAUAAUGUGUAUUCUGCAUUAUAUUGUUUGACCACAAAUGGGGGGGGGGGGGGG